CAAAAUGUAAAUGCGCGAUCAUUCUCUGCUGAUCGUAAAAGAAGAUCGAGAUCUUGGAUUUUUCGAUGGUUUGUCUGCAAUACAACAUACAGAACGCAUCGAUCAUCGCAGGAGGAAGAUCGUUGACGCGUUUAGCCAGUCUGGUGGUCCUGGUUCCCUUAGUUCCUGAGAUCGAGGAGCUCGUGAGAUGAAUUAGCGUUCUUACGAGGACAGAACUACCUACAAGCGCUACCAUGUUGGUAUGCCAUGAUCUACUUCUACAUCAAACUCACACGCCCGCAACAACGUUGAACAGAUAAGUAGUAGUAGCCAGCACAGAAAAAAUGUCCCCUAUCACACAAAUAAACCACAACACAACCGCCGCUGCGGUCCACGCCUUUAGGCUGCCGACUAGGAACGGGUGCUGUGUGGCUGCGGACGGAAAAAAAUCUCUAAUCGCCUACGGGACAUACCGACUGGAGGAGAAAGAAUGGCACUGUGAGGAGAAUUUUUGUCCCGAAGGCGACGAUAGGGAUAGUCUAAGACGGAUUGAUUCGACGUUUGAAAGCAAAAAUCUAGUUGAAAGCAGCAACUCGCCAGAAAGAGUCCUUGCCGCAGGCAACGAUCUUCCCCUCCUGGCGCGGUCCGGCUCAAUAUUUUCCCGCAGUCCUCGAGAAGACCCUUUCCGGGCGGGGGAGAUUUAUAUCUACGACGAUUCACAUUCAUCACAUGGAGCGUCUUCCACCACAACCCGUUGGAACAGCUACAAUUCAGACCCCCCUUUAUUGCACACGAUUCCUCUCCCCGGCGGCUGCUACGACCUGACUUUCGACCGAGAUUUGGAGGCCUUUCUCGCGGUCUGCACGAACGGCGACCUGUUCUUCGUCCAGAUUUUUGACGCCGACGCGGAUGUUGAACUCGGCACCGGCAGAUGGGGAAAGGAAAACGACGAGCAUGGUGCGAGUUUGAUUACUGAAGUCGAACUUCGGAGGCUGCGAGAGCUGGGUGAACAAAGUCCGGGUGAGCGAAAACUUGCCCCGCGAAUUAGUACCACCCCGCUGGCGGCCCAGGUUGUACCUGCACUUGUGUGCUCGGUGCCGGUGGGGCAAAAAAAUGUAUGCGAAACAUACGACAAAACUGGCUUGUGGUCAUCAUCAUCCUCAGCGACUGCUUCAGCACGACCUGCAAAUAGAACGCCCCCGCCGUUGCUGACCCACAUUGCGACAGACGGAAAUUUCGUCGCGAUAACCGACCAGUCCGGGCAGGUUCACGUCGGGGACAAGUUUCGCUUGCUCGAGGUAGCGAAAACGUUGAAGAAAGAUGAAGUGGCCUGUAGUUCCACGCAGCUGCGGAAUGGCGGGAUGAAGACGGGAAGUUGUACUGAGACCUGGAGUUGUUCCGAUCUUGAAGAAAGAACUAAAAGUUGCAGCACACAAGGACCUGCGAUGGACAAAAUGGAAAUCUUAAAACCGCAAGAACAAAUACACGACUAUCUCGCCCACCUGUGGAGCAGCAUACAAGCCCACGCUCCCAGUACGCCCGCCUGGACUUGCGCAUUUGCGCCGGAGGAGGAGGUACCUCGAGACGAAGGAAUCGAUAAGAACCUUAUUCCAACAAGCGCACCAACUACGACGAGAAACUCGAAAAUCUUAGCGACGGGUGGUGAUGACGGGCUGAUGUGCUUGCUGCGAAUUGAUUUCGAUACGGAUCUUUACAUCGGUGCACAACUUCCGCUUCCGGAACAAAGCCAAACUCAAACAAAAAGCAUCAAAACCGAAGAACCAGAAGUUGCCCCAGAACCCGUAGAAGAUAAGUCUACUGUCCUGGCGAUGUUGACGUCAACCCCCGAGAAGGAAAAAAAUCAAAGCCCCUUCGACACACAGCACGAGGACUUAUUUCAAAAAAAGACAACAAUUAGUUGUGUCCGCAGUAUUAAUAUCGAGAUCCGCGUGGUCGCACAGACCUCUUGUCGCCAACACGACGCCGGGGUGACGUCUCUGGCAUGGGUGGACGCCCGAACCUUGGUAACGGGGAGCUACGACGAAAAAAUCAGGGUCUUCGAUGUUGUUUUUCACGAACGAGACGAGUCGGAUGGAGAGGUUCCUCACACAACUGACAGAACAGCUUCGAUCGACACUUUGUUCGAAAGCAAACGACAGGGGGAUGGCGUCUACCGGCUGCAGCUUGUGGAAGAUCAAGGAACAAGAAAAGACGAUGAAAACGGUGGCUCUACGUCUACUCCCGUCCGUCGCUUGUUUCUGUUCGCCGCCACCAUGCGCGAAGGCUUCCAGCGGUUCACACUUAAUUAUGAUGCCACAACAAGAACAUCAUCCGAUGCUGGCAAAAGCAAGGCUUCUCGGCUCGAACUCUCUCCACCGUGCGCCUGGAACGUGAUCGUACAGGACGAGGACAAGAACUUGCUGGUCUGUUGUAUUGGCGACCGCGUAGCUCCUCUCCAAGAAUCGAGGACGAGCCCGCUGAUUUCUUGCGCUAAACCGCCCCUCCAGAUAACGACCUCAUCGUUGAAGCCGUGGAAGAUGAUGAAAAGUACUGUACAAGCCAGAGAACAAGUAGAACACGAACAAGAGCAGGAGGAGACAGACCUGUCAGAAACUGAUCCGGACGACUGUCCGCUGGCUUACGGGAUGACCGUGGUCGGUAAAAACCGCUUGUUUCUCACCUGCUUUCGCGAAGAGGCGUACUGCGUAAAUAUGGAUUUUAGUGAAGUAGAUGUGAACAUGGAUUUGGUAGCGACAUGAUGUUGGUUCUUUUUUGAUCUAGAUGCAAGUCGAACUAACCACGACAAGGACGAUGUUUUUGAAAAAGACCGUAUGCGUCAUUUCGAAUUUUUCGCACGGGCAAGUUCAGAAGCGACUUUAUUUUCACACGAUCGAUGAGGUAAUAAGUUAAAGUAUUCCUAUUGCUUUAGAACGAC